GAGAGCCUUUUCUUUACAUUUAUUCUAGUGUUCACUGAUGCAUCAUCUCUGAUCUUCUGGAGUUGCUAUGAAAUCUAGUGGGUCAGUAUUUACAACGCAGAAUCCUUUCCCACCUGCAUCAACUGUGAGGAGAGCACACUACCAUCCAUCCCGCAAGCAAUCCCUGUCAAAGAAAGAGAAGAAAACUACCCUGAGUCCUGUUCGUUCUAAUCAGAGCUCCAGUCAACAGCCACGUUCUCAAACCCAGGAAACACAAGAGUUAAAUGAGAAUCAUGAUGAUGGUUUUUCUGUUCCUGAUGGACAUGCGUACAGAGAGACAUGGCCCUCCACUGACCGCGGAUCCUCUCCUGACAUGUUGAUGGACAAAUGGGCUGCUCUAUCAGAGACCAUUUCCUCAGGCGUUCAGGAUGAGUCAGUGCAUGCAAAAUACGUAGAACGUUUUCGCCACGGUCAGCCUUGGAGUAGAGAGGAACGCCAACAGAUGGCCUCUGCCAAUGAAGAAUGGUGGGCGUCGCACUCAUCAGUCCCCAGUUCAACUCCAUCUAAAGCUGCAUACAAAGAUGGCCAUGAUCCUGCCAGUUACAGCCCAGCUGGACAGCAUAAACAUGAGACGUCCUUCUUUGUUUUGUCUGACUCUUCUCAGAGUGAAUUUGAUGACACAGAAAUACUUAACCUUCAAGAAAGGGCCAGCAACCUUCUUCUCAGAGGUGAUGGGUCUAUUCCUGUCAGCUCAGAUGGCCUGGGGUGCUCAGACUUUUCAUCCCCAGUUACAGUAGAUGAACCAGUGCAACAACCUUCGAUUCCGAUCAUGAUCAAACCAACUGCUGUAUGGUUUACAUCCGACGUUAUCUUAGACUCUGUUUAUGUAUCAUCUUCCCAAAAAACCAUCCCUGCUCUGGCACCUCCAGCACGUCCAGAGGAGGACAUUUUGUUCCAGUGGCGUUUAAGAAGAAAGAUGGAGCAAGCCAGAGAGUUGUCCCAGUCUGCUCAGUGCACCAGUUAUCAAGAUGCUGCUUUUAGCUGGCAGACCCCUGCUUUAUUCCAGCCUUCACCUUGCAGACAACCUUACAAGCAACAACAGAGCUCACACCCUCCACAGUUCUCACAAAGAGAUGUUCACCUACGUGACACAAUUCCCCAACCUGAAACCAGAGAGUCCCACAGACUCUUUGACCCGUCUCCAAGUCCUCCAUUUCUGUCUGUUGUUGCCUCCGGCUCUUCAGCAUCUCAAACCCAGGCUCUUGCUCAUGUUCCUGCUCACAUGCAUUUACUCUGUGAUGUCCUCCCCUGCCCCAUCCAGUCAUCUCAUGCUAAAGAGGAGCAAAGUGUUUCAAAAAGGUUAGACCAACCUCAAACUAAAGUUGUCCAUAAGAAAACCAAAGUUCCUGAAGGCUUAUCUGAAAUCGCCAGUGAAGAACGUAUGAUCUCCUCACUACAUGCAACAAUUGGAACUGGAGAGGCAGAAGUGCACAGUCACCAAAAAGUGCCUGAGAAGAACAGGAAGAAGAACUUGAAAUCAGGAAAGAAGACUACCCUGUCCACCAGGGAGCAGAGAAAAUCACCAAGGAGUUGUUCACAUCAAAAUCUUCCAAAAAUGGCCACAAUGUUGAAAGAGCAGCAUCGACAGGAAGGAAGCCAGAAGAUUACAAAUGGAAGCUGCACCAGUGAUCAUGAACCACGACCUUCUCCAGUCCACACUGCGUUAGGACAGGCAGUUUCUGAAGUUUUGUUCCCUGCAGCAGCUUCAUCUCCACCUCAGAGGAUCUGUGUGUCCUCAGUUUCUCUUCCUCACACAACCUCUUCCUCACAACCUCCACUUCCGUCACACAACUCUCUGGAAGUCAUUUCACAGCUGCUUCAAGAAGCUGAAGAUUCUGAUGAACAGGAGUUUGAAGAUGAUCCUUUACUGCAAGUUCUUCGCCAACAGAGAAAAUGGGUCAAAGAUCAGAUCAGUGAAGUGAACGUGAUGCUGAAUGAAUUUCCGGAGGAGCAACAAGUUACUUGAACAUAUGAU